AUGGAAAGAUUCGUGAUACGAUCGGAUUCUUUGAUAUUUUCAUCGACUCGAGGAAGAAAAACAGCAACUGUCUUGAUGUUCAAGAAGCUUCUUACAUGUUUCGUUACUGAUUAUUAUAUUAAAGUUGAAAUGGAAGGGAAGAUCUUAUCCAAAAGAGCGCUUUUGUCUACUUUUAUCAUUGUUGGCCUACCAAAUAUUACUCACAAUAUCGUCCACAAAUGUACGAUAAUUACGCGAAGAGUACAAAGUAUAUGCAGUAAAUUAUGGAUGCUUACAAUAAGCAAAAAAGUAAAGGUUGGUGAGCUACCAAUUGAUCCUGAUAGUAUUGUGGCUCUUGUUUUGUACACAGUACUAGACACGUACGUGAUCGUUAAUAAUAUCGCUAAGAAGAAGUGUACGAAAUCAAAAGUAGUACCUUAUAUUUGCUCUGCAAUUGCAGCUUUAACUGACCGUUUAUCUGAUAACAUAUUAUUUAUUGUAACAUUAUUGUAA